AUGAACAAGGAAGAAAAAGAGAAAAAUAUGAAGUGUCAUGUGAAGGGUCAGAGGGGUGUUUCCAGUUUUGAGCUACCACAGGUCAAAUCAAGCAUUGAAUUGGCAAGGAAGUUAAACAUCAAAUUGGAGGAAAGAAAGACCAAACAUGGAAAAAUAUGUGCACCUGGAAGAGAAGUUGAAGCUCUUAGAGACAAAAGAAUUCAGCCAUUAACUAAUCCACCAUUCAAGUUAUCUAUGUUUGCAACCACUUCCAACAAAGAGCCUGAGCCCAAGAAAAAUGUUUCAGAUAAUGCAAGUAGGACUAAACAGCCUAACAUUCAAGCUGAAAAAAGUAUAGAGAGAGAAGUAUCUUUAAAAACAAACAAAGGUUUGAAGAAUCAAGAUCCAAAAGAUCAAUCUUUGAUUUCUAAAAGGAAUCAACCUUUGGUUUCUAAAAUCCAAAAUUCAAAAGGACAAUCUUUGUCUCAAGUUAGAAGACCUAUGCCUACACAUAUUCAGGAUCCAAAUAAGCAAUUCAUGAAAAAGAAGGUAAUUGGAGAUGGACCAUUGGAAAGACAACAAAUUGCAAAAAACAAAACUGUUGAAAGUGACACUUCAAAGUUAAAGGAACAAUCUAGGAGAAUGGUUGUUGAAGAUGAGUCAAGGGAAAAACAUGAAAGUAACAAUAAGACUCAACAACAAAAAAAGAAAAUGGUAGUGGCGGAAGAGGAUUCAAGGGCAAGGCAACAAAGUGCUCCCAAGAAGACAAAAAGAAAUCCUUUGUGCCAAUCAAUGUUAAUAGGUGACUUUCUUAUGCAAAAUGGAAGAGAUGUUGAAAAAGAGAUGGAGAACUUAAUUGAAGAUGGGGAAAACAUUGUUAUGGAAGAACAAGAACAAGAAGAAAAUGUGGAAUGUGAGGUAGAAGGGGAAACAAAUGGGACAACUAAGAAAAGAACACGGGGGCCAACGCGUUGUUUAAAAAUAUAUGCAAGAGAUGUCAAAGACCGUCAAGAAGUUACUCUAGAUGACUUUGGAGAGGCAAUUGGACCUGAUAAACAAACUGUUUCUGACUUAGGCAAUUUCCUUGGAACUAUAGCAAGGAAUGCAGAUUUUUGUCCAUUGAUCUAUACAACUUUUAAAGAGUUGCUUAAAGAUGAAAGAGAUCCUAAGCGUCAUAAUUAUCGUAUUUGGAAAUAUAUUAACACAAAGUUCAACAUUCCUGAGAGAGGAAAAAAAGCAGUAUAUGCUCGAUUAAAUGAUGCUUGGAGACGUUACAAAUACUGUAUCAAGAAAUAUUAUUUUCGAAAGUACUCUAAUAUGAAGGAUAGAUUAAAGCACCGUCCAAAGAGCAUAUCUGAAGAUCAUUUCAAGAAAUUGUUGGUAUAUUGGAAAGAUAAUCAUAUUCAAAAUAUUAGCCAAAAGAAUGCAGCUAAUAGGAGGAAGCAAAAGUUUAUGCAUCGCGUAGGACCGACAAGUUUUGCUAGAAUUCGUGCAGAAAUGCGGGAAAAUAAGGAUGGACAAGAAGUCACUCAAGCUGAGAUGUUUAUUGAAACUCGAAAAAGUCGCAAGGGAAAACAAGUGGAUGAGGAAACCCAAAAUGCGAUUGAUAAACUUCAAGAAUCUAUUGAAAAUUCAGUUGAAGCUGGAACACAAACAUUUCAAUCACUGUUUGGAAAAGAAAAGCCCGGUAGAGUGAGAUGUUAUGGAAGAACGGUCACACCAUCAUUGCUGAAAAAAAUUGAAGAAAUUUCUUUAAUGAAAAAGCAAUAUGAUGGUAAAAUUUCUGACAUGACACAAAAGAUGGGAGCAAUGGAGGCACUUUUGAAAAGCAUGUAUAUGCAACAAAAUCCACAUUUAACUGAAGAGGAAGUAGAUGAUAAGAUGAGAGAAGUUUUGCACAAUGAUAAUGUUCCAACACCACGCUCAUCGACAUCAACCUAUGCUCCCGUUCAUCAAAAGGUUACAAAUGAAGAUGAUCCUCAAGAUGAACAAGAUGAAGAUCUCCUUGAUGAUGAAGAUCUCCUAGAUGAUGAAGAUCUUCUAGAUGGUGAAGAUCUCCAAGAUGAUGACGAUCUUCAAUAUUAUCAAGAUGACGAUUUUCAAUAUGAUCAAGAUGAUGAUCUUCAAUAUGAUGAAGACCGUCAUUGA